AUUUAACAAACUUAUUCCCCAAAAUAAUGUCAGAAAAUGGCCAAGUUAGGCUACAAGAAGCUUCUAAAGAUGUGUCUAACUCUGAAACUCAGGAUAAAACUCAACCCAGACAGGACAAGGAUGGAUCUGAGCAUGAUUCUUUACCUCAUAGACCACAUAUAAGCGACCAAGAGGGUGAGCACGAAGUUGUUGCUUCUCCUUCUCACAAUCUCCAGCCGGUGCUCAGGCCUAAAGAAGACCCAACUGUGUUAGACAAAGAACCUGAAACCUCUCAAAUCAGGCAUGAAAAUAAUUCAAAACAAAAUGAAAAUGCAAAAUCUGAACCAGUUGUUGCACCAGAACAACACACUGGGGUUCAGGAAGCCUCUUCUGGUCCAGAGAGCCCUAAGCAGGCCCAGAAAGGCUCUAAAUCUGUCAAAAAUGGCAAAAAAGCAUCUUUAAAAUUUGUUCUAAAAAAGCCAAAAUAAAUGGAAUCCAAGAUUUUACCUCACUGAAGGUAUUUUCCAGCCUGGCGAUGGAGCUAACAAAUUAUUCGAAAAUACUAGGUCUUUUAGACAAUUCAACAAAGGAAGAAAGCCAGAGGUCUUUACUAAACUAAAGACCAUUGAGAAGGAUGUAGGAGCUCAGACUCACAGGCAGUUCUUCCCAGCUCUGAAGCAUAGCAGGCAUCGGUCGAUGGAGGAUCUUUUGAGAGAGAAAUAAGUGGAACCAGAGAUUUAACAUCACUAAUUCUAAGAACAACAACAGGGUUUUUAAUGAUUAUAAGGAGUUUUUCGAUAAACCUAUUCAUUAUGAUGCUAGAGGCUACCAUUUUACACCCAGACCUGCUCCAAUGAUGGUGUACGAAAACGAAGCUGGCAAGCCAGAUAUCGUAAAUCCUAAAUUUGAUAAAAUAAAGAGGAAGCAGUUAAAGAAACGCUUGAUUAAAGAAAGAGGAGCAAGUCAUCGUAGCAGGGUCAGAGAGUUAAGCAAAACUUCCUUCUGGGCUUCUUCUAACCCAUCCCAGGCUGGUUUGACUAACAAUGUAGCUUUUACCAGUUCCUUACGGACUCAGAUGGCAGCUCAGACUUCGAGGAAAGGGUCAUCUAAAAAGAAACAAUGGGAUCCAAGAUUUGCUGUCCCAGUAUCAACAUUUAAUGAAGCUGUUUAUAAGAAGUAUAAGGUCCCUUUUGAGGCUUUAUAGGGUAAAGUUAAGGUCAAUAUUUAGAAGAAUAUU